AUGCCUCGGGGUCAGAAGAGUAAGCUUCGCGCCCGUGAAAAACGCCGCCAGGCUCGACAAGAGCCCAGUGAUCUGGUGGAAGCUCAGCCCACUGAACCAGAGAAAGAAGAAUCCCCUUCUUCGCCAUCUCCUUUUGAAGAUGUUCCCCAGAGCUCAGCUGCCACUGGAACAUCCAGCAGUCUUCAAUUGCCUGGCAAAGUCUGCUCCACCACCACUGUUGCUGCCUCUGUUUCAGAUGCAAAAUUUAGUGAAGGUGCCACCGAUCGAGGAGAGGAAAGGCCAAAAGCCUCUCAGAGUCAAGAUACCACCCAGCGCUGGCCCAAAGGUCCUGUAGACGAGAAGGUUGCUUUGUUGGUGCAUCACCUUCUGUACAAGUAUCAAACGAAAGAGCCUGUGACCAAGGCAGAUAUGCUGAAACAGGUAACCUACAAGUACAAGAGUCACUUCAGUGAGAUCCUCAGGAAAACCUCUGAGCAUCUGGAGCUGAUGUUUGGCCUCGACAUGAAGGAAGCGGAUCCCAAUAGGGGUACUUAUGUCCUUGUCAAUAAACUGGAAAUGGGCUAUGAUGAAAAGCCAGGUAACGACAGAGAUUUUCCCAAGACUGGUCUGCUGAUGAUUGUCCUGGGUGUGAUCUUCACGAAGGGCAACUGCGCCACUGAAGAGCAAGUGUGGAAAGUGCUGAAUAUGAUGGAGUUAUAUGAGGGGAAGAAGGAUAUCAUCUAUGGGGAUCCGAAGCAGCUCAUCACCAAAGAUUUAGUGCGGGAAAAGUAUCUGGAGUACCGCCAGGUGGCCAAUAGUGAUCCUCCACGCUAUGAGUUUCUGUGGGGCCCGAGAGCCUACACUGAAACCACCAAGAUGAAAGUGCUGGAGUUUGUAGCUAAGGUCCAUGGUAGGGCCCCCACUACCUUCACAUCCUUGUAUGCGGAGGCUUUGAGAGAUGAGGAAGAGAGAGCCCAAGCUAGAGCUUCAGCCAGGGCUCGCACUGCUGCUUUGGCCAGUGCCCACUCCUCGGCCACAGCCCGCAGCUUCUCCUGCACCAAGUGA